GAAAUAUAUUUAAAAAGAAACUGUGGCACACAGAAAGCUCAUCAGAACGCACAUUUCAGUCUUUGCUACCAUGAGACUUCUUCCUCUCUUCGUGCUGCCUUUCCUUUUCGGAGGCCUCGUGGCUGAAUGCCCCAAUUCUGCGCUGCUUCUGAAUGAAAGUGGAGAGAAGCUGUGUGCCAGGAUGUUUGAACACAGCAGUGCUUAUUUUGACCAGUCCUGCGGAGGAGCAUACUUGGAUGCCAAAAAUGGAGAUGACUUCCCCUACAUGCCCUCUGGUUGGAAGAACAAGAUUUCCUCGCUGGUUGUUUCAAGCCGUUGCACCCUGAAAGUGUGGAGCAAAGAAGGAAAACUUGGCAACAAUCGUUCCUUUUCAGCUGGCACAGUCUACCAAAUGAAAGACUAUAAAAAUGGCCUUUUCGGCAACUGGAAUGACUCUGUCCAGGCAUACUUCUGUACCUGCAACUAAAAAGACCAAUGUUCAUUGCUUCAAGCGAUUAAAUUUACAUUUCUCUCUUCAA